CUCGAACACCACUACCAUCGUUUUUACUCGUGAUCUGUCUGCGGUCACACUGGUUACUUGCAUUUUAGCUGGAAAAAAAGCUGCAGGUAAAACUUGGCAAUAACAAGCAGGAGCAGUCUCUACCAUGGACAAGGCCGAAGUGGGCAACGCGUGCCUCUCGGCGCCGAAGCGCCGCUUCUCGUCCAGCGAGCGUAGUGGGCGGGAGCCGGCCGCCACACCCCAGCAGCCUCCGGUGCCACAGAUCCCGGCCGAGGAAGAGCCUCAGAUAAAACAGCGCAAAAAGGAGGAGGAGCAGCAUCGCGUCUCGGAACAGGACUCCGAGUUUAACCUGCUGGACUUCUGCGACGAGCUGCUAAUUGAGAUCUUUAAGUACCUGGACACGUCCUCCAUCAUGGCGAUGAUGCACUGCUCGCCUCGUUUGGAAAGCCUCCUUCUGGAUCAUCGUUUCUAUCAUCGCAUAGAUCUCAGCAAUGGGCCGUUGCCCAUGGGUAUUCUCGAGGAGAUUCUCGGACGUGCCACCGAAAAGACGCAUACCAUAAAAAUUUGCGGACCGCCAUCCUCACAACAUGUGGACGGCGAGUUCCGUCAGUUCACAAUGACCCUUAGCUCCGUCUUUCCCAAAGUGGCCACCCAGCUAAAGGUGCUCGAGCUGGAGGGUGUUAGCUUGCACUUUGAAUACAUAAACAUAUCCGAGUUCCCCGCUUCGCUAAAACGUCUCAAGCUUAAGGAUUGCAGCGUGAAAGUGUGUAAUAAUAAUACCAAGAGUAUAUUUCACACCAUUGAUAUGCAUCUGGUGGAUCUGGAGGAUCUCAGCAUUGAGGACAACAGCUGGUUCGAGCCUUACUACAUUAUGGGCCUCUCUAAGUUGCCGUCCCUGCGACGUCUUAGUCUAAAGGGCUGUCAGAAGCUGUGCAAAUUCGUGCCCUACGGCAGCAUGGCGGCCCGGUUUGGUUUUCAAAAAUUAGAGUCACUAGAUCUACGUUUGACCCCAAUUAACAACUCGGAUCUGCAGUGCUUUAGCGCUAUCGAGAGCCUUAAGGAGUUGCUGCUGGAGUCUCCGCCCAACAUGCCAGUCGAACAAACCUCCGCUGAGAAAUCCAACAACGGCAAUGCUACUGACGAGGCUGCUGCCCCGCAGCCGGAUUCACUAAAAGUUCUUAACGACGACGAGCCGUCCACAUCGCGUGCUGCCAUGGAGCACCUGCGUGCAUGCAAAAUCGCGCAGGCUAAGGAUGCAAGCGCCGAUAUUUUCAACUCGGACAGCUGUAACGAGAGAAGGGAGGAGGAUCAGUCGCCGGCGGCGGGAGCAGAGACAGCUUCGAAUAGCCAAGAAUUCCAGGCGAAAAGAAAUAGAGCCCUGUCGGAAUCUGAUGAUGAGGACACCUCUUCCCCGUCGGCUACUUCGACUUCUUCGUCAGACAAAUCGGAUGUUGCUUCGCCGCGCAACAAUGGCCACAAUGGCGAUAUUCCCGUACGCUCAUCUCUUGUUGUAAUUGCUUUGCCAACGGAGUCGGGCGAAGUUCCACCACGCCCCGUCCCCCCGCCAGCUGGUGGGGAAAAUCAAGAUGUACCCGGGCAGGAUCCCAGGCCAGCGUCCACGCCACGUGCCUACAUCUACGUGCCUGAAGCAAAUCCACCCGGGAACGAAAACCCACCUCAACAGCGCGAUUUGAUGGCCGUAAUAGAGGCGGCUCAUUUGUUGAGCCGAAAUAAUCCCGCCUACAGUCGUUUUCUUCCGCGUCACGAUCACGUUAUCUACAUGAAUCCCACGGCAAACCCAGGAAACGUGACGCAUCAGCGAAGGUUUCGUCAGAUCCCGCGUCCGAUGUAUGAGCAGGUUGUGCAGCAUCCGAUGUUUUGGAACAUGCUCGAUCCGCUGGAUCGUGAGCGCGGCCGGCGAAUGCGCCACCGCCCAAAUACCUGUACGACAUCACCUGAAUGCUAUGUCUCCGAUCGGGCGAUCUAUAGCUUUGGUCGGGCACAGCGACCAGUGCAGCAGGAUGUUGUGUGGAUUCGACACAUAAACCGUUCGCCGGACAACAGACUGGAGCGACUGUCCUUGCGCAGUUACCACCUCAUAACGGAUCAGGCUUUGGAGCAUUUGGUGCAGUGCUCCCCAAAUUUGGUCUACAUCGACGUGAGCGGCACGAGUAUAACCCUUCCAGGAUUGCGUCGCUUCAAAUUCAGCAAGCCGGAGUGCGAAGUGGUGGCCGACCACUUAAUCGUGGGUAAGGUAGCGUUGAGUGUUGCUCUGGAGCAGGAAGCCGAGGUUGUGACAAUAUCGAGCGACGAAGGCUCGGAACAUGACCAGCAGCCACCGGGGUCGCCACCACCGUCUCAUCACCUGGUACUCCCAUAGAAGAUUUCUCCCCACUCCUUAAGUAUAAUGUUUGUAUCAUGUUGUACUGUGAACAUUUUUCUGUCGAAGCGGGCCGUGCUGGAUAAAUAUUUUAGCAAGACGAAGAAGAGUACGACGACAUGGCCAAGCCGAUUAACCCACAACGCUGGCUACAAGCGAGUGCUGUAGCUCAGCCCACUAGUAUUACGUUCCAAACUAAUCAAGCCCUUGUACUAUACGCCAGGCUCAAUGCAUUGUAUAAACCCAAGAAUCCCAACACCAUACAGAAAACAAUUCCUUUAGUUAGGCAUUAAACGAGCGAUCCUUUUGGUAUAUGUUUAAUGAAA